CAAGCACACAUGAGGGAAAAGCACAAUUUCGAAGCAAGCGCGAGGCAGUAUAAAUCCAGGUUCCCAAAGCUUAAAAAUGUGAAGGCCGAGGAGUGGAUCUGGAUUGGUCAAGAGAUGCAGCAUCGCGCUGCACUUGGCAAGGAGUCUGAGCCUUACCUUCAUGACAACCCGCUGCCUCUCGAUCGUGUUGUUCGUGAAAUCGCCCGUCACAAAAAUAAAGCUCCUGCUGCGACACUCUCAAAUCGGCUGCCAAAUCCAUCACCAGGAAGAAUAUCCGUCCGGACCCCACCACCAAUGGCUGCGAUUGCACCUGGACUGAAUCUUCAUCCCCUAUGCAACCCAGUACAAGUUCAUGCACCUCAAACAUUCCCCGGAACUUCCUCAAUUCAGCAGCCCCCCCUGGGGAUGGCGUUCGCGGAGGAACCUCUGGAUGAGCUCGAUGCUGCUAUGGAAGUAGAGCUUGAGAUUGACCCCAGCCUUUUUCGUCCGGAUCUAUCAAGUGAGUUGAACUUUGGCGAUGCUAGCGACUUCGACUUCGUCUGGGCACUGGGACCCUGUUUAUCUCCACCGAUAAUUACGGGACAGUCCUUCAGUUUCAGCGCUGGUAAUUCUCCGAGGCCUCAAUCUGCAGGACAAAGACUGUCUCCAUAUUCCCAAUUUGUCAACCUAGAUGUUAUCGAUCCUCGUCCCGAUUUUCAGAUCAUGAUUGGCUUGCCGUAUUUUCAGCUUCAGACCAUGCUCGAGCAGCCAGAAUAUACCUUCCUGCAGGUACAUCCUAUCUUAGACGGAAUUCUAUUCUCGCCUGCCAACACUGCUGUUAUCCUACCGACUGAGGCACGACAAGAUGUCCUAUCGAAGCUACUCGGUAUAACACCGGAGCUGCAGCUUACGGAAAAUAUUGCCCAGGUUACGAGAAAACUCCAACGACUCGUACCCGAGAGAUGGGAAGGGGAGCUGUCCAACAAAGUUGGCCAUAUUCUUGAUGCACGCUCGACGGAUGCCUCCCACUUAUCCUCUCUCUUCGGACUAGCUGCCUAUUUCGCGUCCAACAAUGGCCUAGGAACUGGUAUUGGCAUGGACAAUUUUCUAAGGUGGGUCAUCGAUCAGAAAUAUACCGACUAUCUUGAGCGAUUCCUUCAGAUCAACACCCCAACAAUCCAUGCUUUCGCCGCGCAGAUUCUCAAGUCCGCCGCUCGAAUUAAAAAUGUCAAAAUUCUGAGCGCACUCCUGGACCAUGGUGUCAAAUUCGACAAGGUCUUAGAUGAUAUAAUCUCCAUAGGCGAUAUGGAGUUCACGAAACUUGUUCUCUCUAGAGUUGACUCGGCUUGCUUCGAAGGAAAAACAGGGGUCAAGCUAUUCCAUCAUUUUGUGAACGGGAACCAUUUUGACCUGGCUCGGGUGCUUGUCCAAAAUGGAGUAUCCGUAGACUGUCAUCGAUCACCCUACGGAACCCCUCUCUACCACGCGGUAUCUUGCAAGAAUGUCCGUACGAUCAGGUUUCUGCUAAGCCUUGGCGCCGAUGUCAACUGUGUCGUAUAUGGGUCGAAUCCAAACACAGCUCUUGGAAAGGCGACUUACAUGAGAAAUGCAGAGAUUGUCGCACUGCUCGUGGAACAUGGCUCAAAGGUUUCAUGCACAGUGGGAGGGAAGGAUCUUCUGGAGUGGUGUUCGUUGAACUCCAGAAACAUCUAUAAUUUUCUCAAGGAAAAGUUCGGGUCCAUCACCGAUGGUGUCACUAUUGGAGACUUGGUUGGGGCUGCGAGGAGAGGUACGCGUUCCCUGGGGGCCUACAUGUCUAGGUACGAAGGACAAGUUGCAACGUACCAACUAGAGGAAGCGCUAAGUGAAUCAAUACGGCUGGGGCAUCUCGCGGCCUCUGUGGCACUGUUGCAGCAUGGAGUUGGCCCAGACUGCUACACCUUAAAAACUCGACCCCUGUGGACCGCGUUAGACCGAGGGAAGCAAGCCCCGUUUUGCGAGCUAUUGAUAAAGUUCAAAGCGAAUGUCAACACGCCUGGUAUUCUGGAAAAGGCUAUCCAACAUGCUGACGUCGGGCUCCUAGAACUAUUAAUCACGUCAGGGGUGGACCUCGAGGAUCAAGGCAUGGAAGCCUUAGUAAGGUCAGUAAGUUUGGGCUAUGCAUCGUCAAUAGCCUUUUUACUGGACUCCGGAGUAGAUGUCAAUACCCCUGGGCUUGAAAUGAAUCCCCUUCAAACAGCCGCCAGUGAAGGCGAUUUGGAAAUGGUUGAGUUUCUUCUCACACGUGGGGCAGAUAUAAAUGCACCAGCCUAUGCGAUUGGUGGGCGCACCGCACUGCAAUCAGCACUCAAAGGCGAGCUCUCUGUUGAAGUUGCAAGUUUUUUGCUGGAUAAAGGGGCGGAUAUAUUCGCACCACCUGCAUUAGUGGAUGGAAUAACGGCUCUAGAGGCCCUUUUUUGGGGCUGGUCUUCUAAUAAAGAGCGUAUUGUUCUUUGCAGUCGGCUUCUGGAUGCCGGUGCGCCGGUCAACAGACCGAAUGGGGAGCCGAGUUCGGCACUUCAUGGCGCCAUUGAAGAAGGCUGGGAAGAAAUUUUUGCCCGAAUUCUGGAACUUCAGCGAAAUGCAAUCAUCAACUACAUGUGGUGCAACAAGGAGAUAGAAGAGGAGGAAGGCAAUUAUACCUGGGAGCCUAGGACACCAACUCAGCUGGCAGCGGGCUAUGGACUACUCAAAUUUGUGAAGAUGCUCGUUGACCGUGACGCUGACAUCAACGAGGCUCCGGGGUAUCGAUUUGGGCGUACCGCUCUUCAAGCUGCCACGUCCAGAGAAACCCCAGAUAUGGAGCUUGUACAAUUCCUUCUCGAGAAAGGCGCGCACAUCAAUUCAAAGCCGGCAGUUCAUGGUGGAAUCACGGCCCUGCAAGGUGCUGCCAUAUCUGGCGACGUCAUGCUGGCCAAAUUACUUCUCGAAAAAGGGGCCGAAGUCAAUGCAGCGCCUUCCUUGAUUGAAGGCCGAUAUGCAAUCGAAGGAGCUGCUGAGCAUGGCCGCUUAGACAUGGUCCAAUUGCUUCUGAAUGCUGGAGCAAAAGGUAAUGUCCUUCGUGGAACGGGCUUUGAAGACGCCAUUAAGCUCGCGGAGGAGAACAAUCAUUUUGCAGUUGUAAAUCUCUUGAGCAACAGAUAGAAUCAAUCUCGAGUCGAGCGAUCAUUCGUGCCUUUGAUGUUCUCCAAAAGUAUUGGGACCCGUAUACUUGUAGCACAGCUGCAAAUGGAAUCAACAAAAUAGAGGCGCAAUGGAUGAGGCAGGGAAUGUGGCAUUAUCUUGGUGUUUACGAUGAAAUGGAUUCAUGUAUCAAUGGUUGUUCGUUUUGUGUGGCACAAGCUAGGAAAGUCAGACGGAAUAAGAUUCCACCUAUUUUGGAAAUAUAUUUCACCUCAAUCUUUUCUCUCCACCUCUCUUU